AUGAUAUGCUCGUCUUCCCCUAUGUUCAGCUCUGGCCCCAUCCAUGUGUACCUUUCUCUCUGGAUCCCCAGGGGUGCCAAAUGGAUCUGGAAGGAGGUGUACACCCUUCUGGUGCUGUGGGGCAAGGAGGCAGCUUGCCCAGGUGAGACACAGCCCCGGCUGAUUGAAGGUGACAAUGCCUGCUCAGGACGUCUGGAGAUAAGCCAUGGACACACUUGGGCUACUGUCAGUGAUUCCCACCUUGAUCUUAAAGCUGCCAGUGUGAUUUGUAAUGAGCUACAGUGUGGAGCAGUUGUAUCCAUCACAGAAGGAGCUCACUUUGGAGAAGGACAAGGGCCAAUCUGGACUGAAGAGUUUCAGUGUGUGGGAAAUGAGUCUUAUCUCGCAUACUGCCCCCGAGCACCACCCAUGAAUCGGACAGGCUCACAUGCAAAUGAUAUUGGCCUUAUAUGUUCACGGUUCACAGGGUUCAGGCUGGUGAACGGCAGCACACGGUGCUCGGGGAGAGUGGAGGUCCAAGUGCUCAGUGCGUGGGGCACCGUGUGUGACUCACACUGGGAUUUAUCUGAUGCCCACGUUCUCUGUCGUCAGCUUGAUUGUGGAUUUGCUGUGUCCACUCCAGGAGGAGGGCAUUUUGGGAAAGGAACCGGGCCUGUCUGGAAAGACGCAUUCUAUUGUAAUGGGAGUGAACUCCAUUUGUGGCACUGCCCAGUAAUUGCCUUGGGGGCCUCUCAAUGCUCACAUGACCAUGAUGUUAGUGUGAUUUGCUCAGGACACGAGUCUAAUCUGACCCUGUGUAACACCUCCCUGUCUGAGACAAUGCAGGCUGGUAUAGCAGAAGACGUCAGUGUUGUUUGCUCAGGAAGCAGGAGGAUCAGACUGGUGAAUGGGGCGGGUCGCUGUGCUGGGAGAGUGGAGGUGUAUUACCAGGGCACCUGGGGGACCAUCUGUGAUGAUUCCUGGGACUUGUCUGAUGCUAAUGUGGUUUGCAGACAGCUGAGAUGUGGAUACGCCAUUGAGGCAUCUCCUUCUGCUCAAUACGGGCAAGGCUCAGGGCAGAUCUGGCUGGACGAUGUGAUAUGCUCCGGGGAUGAGUCCGAGCUCUGGGCAUGUCCUUCCAGGGGCUGGGGCCAGCACAACUGCCGACACAAAGAGGAUGCAGGAGUGCUCUGUUCAGAGUUCAUGGAUCUGAGGCUGGUGAAUGGCGGUGACUGUGCUGGACGGCUGGAGGUUUUCUACAAUGGGACCUGGGGGAGUGUUUGCUCCAAUCGAAUGACUCAAGCCACUGUUGAAAUUAUAUGCAAACAGCUGAGCUGUGGAGCUGGAGGGGCAUUUGCAAGAGAGUUUGCAUAUGGAGAAGGUUCUGGUCCCACAUGGCUGGACCACAUUGAGUGUCAUCAUGAGCAUCACUGUUCCCUUUGGCAGUGCCCAUCAGAGCCGUGGGCUCUUCAGUCAUGUGAUACCCGGAUAGAAGAGAUGCACAUUUCUUGCAGUGGUAAAAACCCAUUUGCUGCAUGCCCAAGCUCUACAAACUGCACAGACACAGAAAAGAUCCGUGUUGUGGGAGGAGAGGACAGCUGUUCAGGGAGAGUGGAAGUUUGGCACCGUGGCUCCUGGGGAACGGUGUGUGAUGACUCCUGGGACAUGGCGGAUGCGGACGUUGUGUGUAAACAGCUGGGCUGUGGACCUGCUGUGUCUGCCCUGAGUGGAGCAGCAUUCGGGGAAGGGGAUGGCCCCAUCUGGUUGGAGAAGUUGGACUGUCGAGGGACAGAGUCAUCUCUGUGGCACUGUCCUGCGAAGCACUGGGAGGACGCUAACUGCUCCCACCAUAAAGACGAUGCUGCUUGUAAUGUGUCUGGUGAGUACAAGCCUCCUUGGACAGGCUUGGCAGGAUUCAAUAAGGAAAACUUCCUGCAGAGAUGGUAUGUGAGGCUAGAAAGAGACGAUGUCAGUGGAGCAUGA